AUGCGAGAUCACCAGGAAAAGCUGGAUUUACGCGAGCAACUGAAGUGUUUUAAGCGAAAGCUUAAAAAGCUCAAGCGCCAGGCGAAGGAAAAGCGCAAAAAGCGCGGGAGAAGCCGCUCGCCAGGCCGCCGGGAGAGGAGCAGGCAUCGCAGCAGUCCGGACAGCAGCCGCCGAUCCAGCGUCAGCAGUCGUGACAGCAGCCGUGAGAGUAGCAGUGAGCAGCCCAGAUAUCGACCGAGAGAUAGAUCGAGAUCUCCAAUUGCGUCCACAAGUCAGCUCAGAAAGAAAUCUUCUUCCAUUUCUGAGAGAAGAUCUGUUGAGCUCACAAGCUCUUCAGAAAGUGAGGCUAAGAGUGCCACUCCCUCACCUUCUAAGACAGGAUCCGUAAGUCCUGAAGGCUCUGUACGCCCAGAAGAUCAGAAAGACACAGCUGACCAUGUCACUGAAGCUGAGCAAGAAAUUCUCAAUAUUCUUGGCGAGAAUCUCUACGGCAAUCGCCAAUUGGCCCCAGAUGUCAUUCCGAAUUUGGCGAUGCGGUUCGAAGAGAUUGUAGAGAAGGGAUUGCCAGAAGAGUCAGUGAAAGAGCUUUUGCUACAGCUCACACCACCCAAGAACUGCCUCAGAUUCGAGCCACCAGUGCUCAAUCAACUGGUGAAGAUCAUAAUGCACGACGCUAUUGUUGCCAGGGAUGACAAGAUUGUCAAGAGACAACAAAAGAUCACUUCCGCUCUCUCAGCGGUGACUCGAGUGAUAGUGGCGUUGUUGAAGGAGAAGGCUCUUCCCGGAUGGAGUGAAUUGAUGACACUACUGGCAGGCGCAGGCAAAUUGCUGUCUGAUCUUCAGCAUGACGAAUCUGUAAUUCGCAGAAAUCUCGUGAUUGCGAAUGUGGACGUGUCGAUGAGGGAUGCAUUCCAAUCUACAACAACUGAUGAGUUUCUCUUUGGGAAAGACUUGGAGGAGACGGUUAAGACCACCAACGAGGUCAACGAGGAAGCCGCAACAACACCGUCAACGUCAACAGCCAUCCAGGAAAUACAGAGACAGCCGAGGGGAGAACAAGAAGUCAUAUCACCGUCGCUAAUUAAUGUAAGAAAACCUGCAGGGCGCCUGCAGUUUUUUAGCCACGCCUGGAAUGACAUAAGUAGCGAUAAGGUGAUCCUCUCUUGGUUAAAAGGAUACGAAAUUCCUUUCAAUAAUCAUGUAAUCCAAGAUAAUCCUCCAUCAGAGGAUGACUCAUCAGCUUCUGAGCUUGCUAAAAUCAAAGAUUUGGUGGAGCAAUUGAUUUCAAAAGGAGCAGUAGAAGAAUGCUAUCCCGAGAAAAAUCAUUUUAUUUCCAAAAUAUUCUUAAUCCCAAAGCCAGAUGGUUCGAAUCGAUUCAUUAUCAAUCUGAAAAGACUCAAUGAAUUUAUUGAUGCGCCACAUUUUAAAAUGGAGGACGGCAGAACCGUCAUCAGACUCAUGUCCGAGAAUUGUUACAUGGCUUCUAUAGAUAUCAAAGAUGCUUACUACUUAAUUCCUAUUCACGAGACGCAUAAAAAAUAUUUGCGAUUUCUGGUUAAAGGUACUCUUUACCAAUUUACUUGCAUGCCCUUUGGAUUAAACGUAGCUCCUUACGUUUUCACAAAGAUCAUGAAACCUGUUGUCUCCGCUUUACGCCAACAAGGAAUCACAUUGGUAGCUUACCUAGACGAUUUAUGGAUAAUGGGAAAAUCCUAUUCGGAGUGCGCAAAAAGCGUGAGAUGUACGGAAGAGCUUUUGAUCAACUUGGGGUUCAUAAUUAAUUAUGAGAAGAGUAAAUUGAAGCCGUCUCGAAUUUGUAGAUUCUUGGGAGUUGAUUAUAACUCUCUAAACAUGACGGUAGAGCUACCGAAUGACAAGAAAGCUAAGAUUAGAAAAUUGACUAGUCAAUUUAAAGCCAAUCACGAAUAUAAGAUUCAGAAAUUUGCUGAGAUGCUCGGAUUUCUAGUUUCUUGUUGUCCAGCUGUGAAAUACGGUUUGGUUUAUACAAAAGCUUGUGAAAGGUUGAAAUUCUUAGCUCUUUUGAGAAGCAAGGGAAAUUAUAACGGGAAACUGUCAAUUAACCAAGAGGUUAUGAAAGAAUUGACGUGGUGGAAUACGAUUGGAAGUUCAAGUUUCAAUCCUAUUCGUAAUCCUCAUUACGAUUUGACAAUAUUCACGGACGCGUCAAAAUCAGGUUGGGGCGCGGCUUACAAAGGUGAAAGAGCUCAUGGCUCAUGGAAGGAGGAAGAGAAAGAUUUAAGUAUAAACUUUCUAGAACUCACAGCCGCUUUUUUCGGACUCAAAUGUUUUGCUGAUCGUUAUAAAGACAGUCAAAUUCUUCUUCGUAUUGACAAUACGACAGCAAUCUCAUACAUAAAUAGAAUGGGCGGAGUACAGAGAGAAGAUUUGAGUUUCUUGGCCAAAAAGAUAUGGCGUUGGUGCGAAAAGCGAAAUAUAUAUAUUUUUGCAUCCUAUAUAACAUCAGAAGAAAACGUUGAGGCUGAUUUGGAGUCGAGAAAACUCGAGGCGAACACUGAAUUCGAAUUAUCGGAAGCGGGCUUUCGAAAGAUUCGCGUCUGGGAAAAUUCUCACUCCCUCGCGUGUCGCAAAUCUCUGGGAUUUUCGUCGGAAAAAGGGGAGCUCAGGGCAGAGGGAAAGAGUGAGGGAGCAAAGAUUUCUGGGACGAGAGGGACAAUGCCAAGGCUGUGCAUGAUUGUUAUAAGUCAGAAAUCAAUAAGAGAAAUCGUUAAAGGAGUCGAAAAGGCGAUGGAAAAUGCCUUCAAAGACGUUCAGAAGUGUCUGCGGAAGUGUCACGAAGUGAUGUACAUAUUUGAGGCUUAUUAUCUCCUCCUUAGACAGAGAGAUUUGGAUUUUAUCCACGCGUGCAAACCCAUCGGAAAGUCCACAGAGAUGAAUUGCACAAAGUGUAGUGUAAACAUGACCCAAGGUUGA